GACCCUGGCCCAGGAGAGGCAAGGGACAUGACUGAUCCUCGCUGGGCUCCCCUAGCUCCAGGCAGGAAAGCUAACUCUUGUGUACAAGCAGGUGGCAUGAGAAUAUUACAUGGUAAAUCAGAUAAGCUGCAAUCUCGUUAUGCAGCAACGGAUGAGGGGGUCAGAAAGGUUUGAGUAUAGCUGUCAAUACAGUAUCCUGUAAGGAUAGUGUCUAAUCAAAUUAGUCACUUGCAGCUCCCCUCCCCACAGCCUCUUGGUUAGGAGGAAAACAAUGUUCCCAGGAAGGAGAGGCGCUAAGCAUCUUGAGCUCUGACAUCCUCAGCAUUUGCCAUCCCUCUUUCUGCUUUGCAGACACUGUGCACUGUCUGCACCCACUGCUUUGGACACAGUCCCAUAAGUGGUCCUAACAGUGCUGCUUUUCCUGGAAGGUACGUUUUGCACCGGAUGAUUCUACUCCACAGUUGGAGUCUCCAGUAGGAGAGUCUCCCUCCUAGGACUGGGGAGAGACUGUCAUACGAGUUGUUGGGAGGAGAGGAAUUUUAUUCCCAGGAACUUGAGCUCAUUUUCCCAGCUGCCAGCCAAGCCUUCAGGGCAGCUUAAACAUUUGAGGUUUUCAUUUGAAACACUGUUUAAGUGACGUCCACCGACACCCCACAAAGUAGAGGUCCUAUGCCAACUUUGCAAUUCAGGUUUAAAGCUAUUAAAAACAAAUUUGUGCAACCACACGUGUUCAGAUAUUAUUAUGCUGCGUGACAGUCUAGUGCAAGUUUCCUAAAAUAGCAUCCUCAUCCUCCUCCAAAAUCCUCCAUUGUCUGCCUAACUCCAUUCAAAGAACAUUAUCCUAUUGCAAGCUUAGAUUGUAUCCACUUCAGUUACCAAUGUUAUGCCAGCAACGGCUUUCAUGGUGCCACUUGAGUAUCCCUGAAGGCCUAGGGAAGGAAUACCUGAAGCCUUUGCACCGUGCUUUUCUAUUCUGGGUACAUCAGCCCACCACCCUUCUCCAAGGGGGUUUCUGUGGCACUGCUGGCUCCAUUUCCAAAAGUGAUUUAGAUUUCCACCUGCCAUUCCUACAUGGUUUCAACUGCACUGCACUUGCACAGCCCUGGCUUAGCCUUACAAAUGUUGCAUCAGUUUCUCCACCUCUGCAGCUAGAAAAUUCAGUACUUUAGGACCUUCAUUCCCUCCCCUUUUUUGGGAGGAAACCUUGUUAAGUUUCAAACCCUGAGUGCAGAAGCAGGAACUGAGCUUGGAUCUUUCACAUUUUGGGCCUGGAGUAUUGCUGUUGGACACUGCUUGUUUUUCUUAUAAAUGUUUUGAAACAAAAACAUUUAUCUUGAACGAAACAUAACCUUUCAUACCAAACAAAGUGUGAAUAUCUGGAGGGUUUGGAUCCAAAAGAUACAAAAGUUCACCCAUUUGCAAUUUUUCGGCUCCCAAAUGACAGCCAAAAAGCAUAUACACCAGUUUGCAUAGCUCUUAGUGCAUCCACAAAACCUUUUUAUGUCAAGAAAACACCACAUGUUGCAAAGCCAAAAGGACCUUCUGUUCAGAUAUAGGGCAUCCUGAGCAUGUCCUCUAACUGUAUAGCUGUGUCCUGUGAUAGCUAUUUCAUAGAUGGUCUGAUUCAUGGACAUUGAAACGUUUCUGAGAAGUGGCUAUGAGCUCCCUGGAGACCUUCUCUCCUUACACAAAUAUGACCUGGCACAAGGAGGUUCCAAUAGAUCCUAAAAAGUGCCAAGCCACGGUAUGCUGAACUGUAAGAGGAGCUACACUUCACUUCAGACUUUUUUCAAAAACCCAGUGGCAGAAAAAUUAGUUUUCCUCCAGUUUUAAGAAGUUGUUUGUCUGUAUGAGUUCCAGCUGGCUCUAUCACUACAUGUGCAUCUCUUCUGACUAAAAGUGUUUGCUGAAGAAAAGGAUGCAUCUCUGUUUCUAGGGAUACCUAAGAUUGGGUAAGAGCAAUCUCUUCCCACUGUUUUGGAAGCCAUUUCUGUGCAGGUCUAAAAUCUACUGUAUUGACAUGAUUAUGGAGAACAGACUGAUCCCUUUUUCUUAGCAGUAGCAUUUAAUAGAGUUGGAGACUGUUUUGUUUAGAAAAGAGACAUGAGAAACCUCAGUCUUUCCUCAGAGGUCACAUUUUCCCACUGUAUUCCACGUGAGACAUCUGUUCAGUACAACUUGGCAUAAUCUGUUAUGCAAUAGAAGGUUCAUCCUAAUGGAUGUACACCUCCUUCUGCCUGGUAGUCUUGACACAUGUGCGGUCUCUGUUAAGCCCAGACAGUGACUCAUCCCCAUGAAUUCACCAGGUGACUGUUCUCCACCUGAAUAGGACUUUCCAUACACCCUUGGUGAGGUCUAGUGCUCUUGUCCUGAACACAUCUGUCUGCAACUUAGUUUUAAGAUGGUGCUAAAACACAUUUACAGACACCUGACCGCGGCUUGCUCACCGACUUAAUGUUUUUCCACCCAUCAGUGGAAAUAAUGAGAUGCCCUACAUCUAUGAGAGCCUCCACAGAGAAGCCUACUCAAGAAGUUCUGAAUGUCUUUAGUGAGCUACUAACAACAACUCUUCAUCUCUCAAAUAUAUUUGCUGCCGCCUUUUAACUACUUCAUCUAAGCUUUCACCUGAAGAGAGUAUCUUGUGUGUCAUUUCCUCAUCAGUCAAGAGCUGUGGCAGCCACUACUUUCUUUUUGUCUCAAGACUUAUAGAGGAAAUUAUGAUGUAUGACACAGUUUGCUCUUGACAAAAUCACACUGGAUGUUACUUGUCUCCUCUAUUUAUGUACAGACACAAGUUUGUUCCUGUAUUUCUUAGAAGCCAAAUUUAAAAUGGUCUGCUGUGAAAUUCUCCAGUUCUUUCUUUUUCCUAUUUUGCAGAAAGCAUCAUUGCAUUUACCUUUUCCCAGCAUUUCAAAACCUCAGAAGAUCCUCCAUUAAUUGUCAGAAAAACUCAUUAACAGUUUAGAAGUUAUUUCACACAUUCUAAAAACUCUAGCUCUUCAAUGCUUUCCCUAAUAUUUCUGCUCUUCCCUAUAUGAUAAACAGAAAGUGUUUAUUGCCCUUCAUGUUCCUAAUGUAACCUUAUAUUCAAGUUGACUUUUCUUACUUUCCAUUUUUAGUUGUUCACUGUAUUUUUUACACAUCUUCAAUAAUUUCACCAUGUUUAUACACUUUCUGUCCGGUUUUCUCUUCCUUAAGAUUAACAAGAACACGUAAUUUACAAAAUGGCCUGUUUUUUCCAGUUUGAAACUUUCAUUUCAUGGUCUCGCUCACCUAAACUGUCUCUCACCUUCAUUUUUCAGGCAAUUCUUUCCUUUGCUUUCAGUCAAAACCAAAGAAAAUUCCCUCUUGCUCUUUCUGCCAGCCUUUGUGCCCAGAAAACUGCUGUGACACGUGAAACCUGGCUUAACAACCUGCAACCUGAAACACUGCCAUCCCUACAGAUGUCUGAAAAUUAAAAUUCCACAUUGCCACCAAGUUCUGUGCUUGGGACAGUCCUGCCUAUUGCUCAGAAAAAGGUUUCACCCAUCCCCGUUCCGGAGAUCUGGAGCAGUCACGCACCAUGCCAGCUCUGAGUAGGUCCUUGUCCCUCUUUUGGAACGUGGUUUUUGGAGGCAGUGUAUGUGGCCCUGGCACACAUCACCUCCUUCAAGUCUUCUUGAGCAGUAGUUCUAUUUUAGUAUCCUGGCUAUGAGAAUUACCAGAACAAGCCACCUUCCUCCCAGGUACCCACAUUCACAUUCGGGCUGGAUUGAACCACUCCUGGCAGUAGUGACAACACUCUCAGAGAGGGCACAGCGUGGGCCCUUACUCCUUCAGCAGGUUACUCUUGUUUAUUUUCCACCAAUGUGGUGGAUGGGACUUACUCUUGUUUGCCAGUAAUGAAAACUCCUGUGCAUUAAUUCCUCUGAAAGGUGAUGGCCUCUGAGGCAUUUUGCCUCCCAGCAUCACAUUUGUCCUCACCUGCUGUUUGCACAGCAUGGUGGCUUCAUUGAUGUGAAACAACUUAGGUUUCUCACAGCCAUAAUUCUCACCCUUUCUCUCCACUGAUAGCGAUGAGGGAAAUUUUUCUACCUUCCUGGUUUGCUUGGGUUUUGUUUGGUGUUUGUUUUUUUGUUUGUUUGUGUUGUCUUCAAGGCUCUCCAUGUUUUCUUAGAGUGUUUCAAUCCAGUAAUCCCAAAUGGAAGUUCUCCUUCCUGAAAGGACCCACUAAGAAGCGUAUUUUCCUGUCCAGGUUUUUACUAGCAAGAAGAAAAGGCCAUAGUCCUUGCAAAUUCAAUUCAAAUCCUGGACUAAAGCACUCAGGAUUGGUGCUUUUGUUAGAGAACAGCCCUUAGACGAGCUGUCCAAGAGCCGUCCAAGAGUCAUGAAAUUGUAGAGAGAGUCCUGAAAGAGCAGCGUUACCUCACUGUUUUUGUUCUGGCCACUGUAUUCUUUUGCAAAGGACGCACUUCCUACUCCUGCUAGGAGCUAGGAGAGCAGGAAUAAUAAGAUGCUCACCUUGUUAGCCAAGGAUUAGGCCCAAGCAGUAUAUAUUUAAUUAGACUUUAAAGAGCUUAUUUCAAUGUUAGGAGAUGCAGUUCUUCCCUGUCGCUGCUGCCUCAAUAUAAUUGUUUCAGUAAGUGUUCUGCUUAUCAAGAGAAAGGAGAGUGGUUUUGGAUAUUGCAAGUACUCAAUGUUUGUUUGCAGUUAGAUUAAGAAGCGGAAAGUUGACUCAAAGCUCUUGUAGAGGUCAUCUAAUCUCUUUGUUUGAGAAGAUCUGUCCUCUCAGACUCACCUUCGGCACUAUAAAGGAAUACAUCUUCCUGAUGACAAGCUCUCUUUGCAGUGAUACUUCACCCUUAGUCAUUCUAGAAGCAGCAUCUUCUACUAGAAAAGCUUAGGAACUACAUGAGAAAUUAGAGUGCUGCUUGCAACGACCACGUCUUCCGCAAGAUCCAGGGCAUUCACAAUGAGCAUUAGUCAAGACGACGUGGAGAAGUUUCUUGAUGGCAACCCUGCUUUUGCCAAGCAGUACUUUGAGAAGAAACUGAAAACAGAGUCAUGGGAUAACAAUGAGAGCGAAAUACUUUUUGAGUUGAUCCAAGACAUGCAAGAAAGCAUCAACAUGGAGAAAGUUGUUUUCAAGACCUUGAGAAGAAUCAGGUCCCUUAUUCAUGCUGACCGCUGUAGUCUUUUCAUGUACAGGCAGAGAAAUGGCACACCUGAACUCGCAACAAGGCUUUUCAACAUCCAAGAGGGAAGUACUCUGGAGGAAUGUCUGGUGUCCCCAGACUGCGAGAUUGUCUAUCCACUGGACAUAGGCAUUGUGGGUUAUGUUGCGCAGACAAAGAAAACCAUGAACAUCAAGGAUGUCCAUGAGUGUGCCCAGUUCAGUCCAUUUGUCGACGAGCUCACCAACUAUACUACAAAAAACAUCCUUGCGACACCCAUCUUGAAUGGCAAAGAUUUGGUUGCUGUCAUUGUGGCUAUUAACAAACUGAACGGCCCACACUUCACCAGCUCUGAUGAAACACUUUUUCUGAAAUACCUGAAUUUUGCAUCCUUGAACUUGAAAAUUUAUCACUUGAGCUAUCUUCACAAUUGUGAGACUCGAAGAGGCCAGGUGCUGUUGUGGUCUGCGAAUAAGGUUUUUGAGGAACUGACUGACAUUGAGAGGCAGUUCCACAAGGCUUUUUACACGGUGAGGGCAUACCUGAACUGCGACCGGUACUCAGUAGGUCUCCUGGACAUGACAAAGCAGAAGGAAUUUUUUGACCUAUGGCCAGUCCUGCUGGGAGAAGUACCCCCGUACUCAGGGCCUCGCACUCCGGAUGGCAGGGAAAUAGUCUUUUACAAGGUCAUCGAUUAUAUAUUACAUGGAAAAGAAGACAUUAAAGUCAUUCCAAAUCCUACCCCGGAUCACUGGGCACUAGUUACUGGACUGCCAACCUAUGUGGCUGAAAGUGGAUUUAUUUGCAACAUUAUGAAUGCUGCUGCAGAUGAGAUGUUUAACUUUCAGGAAGGUCCUCUAGAUGAAUCAGGAUGGACUAUCAAAAAUGUUCUCUCCAUGCCAAUUGUGAACAAAAGGGAAGAAAUUGUUGGUGUCGUCACAUUUUAUAACAGAAAAGAUGGGAAACCAUUUGAUGAACAGGAUGAAACCCUCAUGGAGUCCUUGACACAGUUCCUGGGUUGGUCUGUGCUCAACACAGACACAUAUGAUAAGAUGAACAAGCUGGAGAACCGGAAGGACAUUGCUCAGGACAUGGUGCUCUACCACGUGAAAUGUGACAAGGAUGAAAUCCAGGAAAUUCUGCCAACACGAGAAAAGCUGGGGAAGGAGCCAAGUGAGUGUGAGGAAGAGGAGCUGGCAAGCAUUCUGAAAGAAGAGCUCCCGGGGCCCACUAAGUUUGAAAUCUAUGAGUUCAGGUUCUCUGAUUUUGACUGCACCGAGCUGGAGCUGGUGAAGUGUGGCAUUCAGAUGUACUACGAGCUCGGCGUGGUGAAAAAGUUCCAGAUCCCACAGGAGGUUCUGGUAAGGUUUGUGUACUCCGUCAGCAAAGGCUACCGGAAGAUAACUUACCACAACUGGCGUCAUGGCUUCAAUGUUGCACAGACCAUGUUCACGCUCCUGAUGACUGGCAAACUGAAGCGUUACUACACAGACCUUGAAGCCCUUGCAAUGGUAACUGCUGCUCUGUGCCACGAUAUUGACCACAGGGGAACCAACAACCUUUACCAAAUGAAAUCUCAAAAUCCCUUAGCUAAACUUCAUGGAUCCUCAAUUUUAGAGAGACAUCACUUGGAAUUUGGAAAAUUCUUGCUCUCUGAGGAGUCACUGAAUAUAUGUCAGAACCUCAACCGCAGACAGCACGAGCACGUGAUUCACCUGAUGGAAAUUGCCAUUAUAGCAACAGACCUGGCACUCUACUUCAAAAAGAGAACAAUGUUUCAAAAGAUCGUUGACGAGUCUAAGACAUAUGAUAGUGAGACUGCCUGGACUGAAUACCUGUCUCUGGAGACAACAAAGAAAGAGGUUGUCAUGGCAAUGAUGAUGACUGCCUGUGACUUGUCAGCAAUCACAAAGCCUUGGGAAGUCCAGAGUAAGGUAGCUCUACUGGUAGCAGCUGAGUUCUGGGAGCAAGGAGACUUAGAAAUAAGCGUCCUUCAGCAACAGCCUAUUCCCAUGAUGGACCGAAGGAAAGCUGCUGAGCUUCCAAAGCUUCAAGUGGGUUUCAUUGACUUUGUGUGUACGUUUGUCUAUAAGGAAUUUUCACGUUUCCAUGAGGAAAUUCAGCCUAUGCUUGAUGGGCUCCUGAACAAUCGAAAUGAGUGGAAGACCCGUGCUGAUGAGUACGAUGCAAAAAUGAAAGCUCUGGAGGAAGAGAAGAAAAAAGAGGAAGAGAGAAUGGCUGCAAAGAAAGAUGGAAUAACCUGUAACGGAGGAACAGCUCCAGCUUCCAAAACCUGUAGCAUACUUUAGACAUAUAUGCAAUAUAUGCCACCUAAAAUGAGAAUGCCCACGCUUAAAA